AUAACAAACAACACGGACGCGACAUAGUAGGGAAAGGGAGAGAUAGAUAGUGAGAGAGAGAAAGAGGAAGAAAAAGUUAUUUAUCUUUAUCCUCUCUGUGUGUCUAUCUAUCGUGUGUAUGUGUGUGUGUGCGACCAAAUAAGUUCAACUGUUUUAUCACUUAUCUCAUCCACACUCCAUCACAUACCGAUAGCCAUAAAGCUGGCUAACACUGUAGGCUCGGCCAUUGUGUCUGCCCAUCAUCACCACCACUCGCCAUCGGCACCGCACCAUCAGUCACAGCACCAUCACUUGGCGCCUCCACCACCGGCACCUCAUCCACCGCAUCACUUGUCACCGUUAUGUCCCUGUAUGUACUGUCAGGGAGGAGCAGCAGCAGCCGGUAUGGUCGGCGAUCCAUCGGCAAUGAUGGACCCAAACCCAUACAAUCCAUAUCAUCACCCAUAUUACAGAGUCGGUACCACUGGUGUCAAAGAUCAUCAUCACCACCAUCACCAUCAAAGUGUCGAGUCGGCAGCACAGGCAGCUGCUGUACAAACCAGAAUCCUGGAAAUGCGUAAAGAGAAGAGUCGAGACGCUGCCCGUUCCCGUCGGGGCAAAGAAAACCAUGAGUUCUACGAGUUGGCCAAAAUGCUACCACUGCCCGCAGCCAUUACUUCCCAAUUAGGUAAUGCACUAUUAGACAAGGCAUCGAUAAUACGGCUGACAAUAAGUUACCUGAAGUUACGUGAUUUCUCGUCCAAUGGCGAACCCUCUUGGAAUGGGAUGUCAAACGGUGGCACCAAUUUAUCCGCAUUGAAGUUAAGUAAAUCAUGCAAUAUGUUUGAACUACAUCAGGGAACUCAUAUCCUACAAUCCCUGGACGGAUUCGCCUUCGCUCUGGGACACGACGGCCGCUUCCUCUACAUCUCAGAAACGGUGUCUAUUUAUUUAGGACUGAGUCAAGUCGAGAUGACAGGUUCAAGUGUUUUUGAUUACACCCAUCAACAGGAUCACGCAGAACUGGCAGAACAAUUAGGUCUUAAUAUGAGCUCAUCAUCUGGUGGUCACCAUUUGUCGUCAUCACCGCUACCGCCAGCUUCGGUGGGCUCGAGUGCCAGCAACGAGUCGGACGGGGGAACACCGUAUUCACAUUCACACUCGCAAAUGGUUGUCAACGGUUCCAAYGACACAAUGGAAAGGGAGUUCUGUAUUCGCAUGAAGUCGACACUAACCAAACGCGGUUGUCAGCACUUCAAGUCCAGCGGCUAUCGAGUUGUACAUAUCAUUGCACAUCUAAGACCAGAGAUGCCCCACCAGAUUGGCCAACAGCGGCGCGAUGGCAACGGCGGUGGUCAACAAAAAAUCAUCGGAAUGGUUGCAGUGGCCAUAGCUUUGCCGCCGCCGUCGAUCAAUGAGCUACGACUCGAGCCCGAUAUGUUUGUCACACGACUGGGCCUUGACUUCAGAAUAGCCCACUGCGAGCCCCGGGUAUCAGAUCUGCUCAACUAUACGGCUGAUGAGCUGACAGGCCGUAACCUGUAUGGGCUUAUUCAUGGACAGGAUGUCAUGCAUAUUAGGAAAAGCCAUUUAGACUUGAUACAUAAGGGACAAGUUAUGACCAAUUAUUACCGGUUUAUCAAUAAAACGGGUGGCUUUACGUGGAUGCAAUCAUGUGCUACACUCAUAUCAACCAAUACUAGCACUACUGCCAGUGCAAAGGCAGCGGCGGCUACGCCGACACCGACGACGUCGUCGACAAAUAACGGAUCAAAUGGUGGUUCCGAAGAUCACGAACAGAGUAUUAUUUGUGUUAACUAUGUCUUGAGUGCUGUCGAGUACAACAAUAUAGUAAUGGAUACGAUUCAACUAACCGGCGGCUCAAUUACUCCCACAUCGCCUACCGGUUUUGCCAACAAACGAAACAAUCAGACAAUGAAACGAUCGGUGUCAUCGACGCCAUCGCCCGAUGCUAACAGUACUCAACAUUUAAGUCAUAGUCAACCUCCAUGUGUUGACCACAAUAAUACACAUAUGUCGCCACAUAGUAGUCAACGAUCAUCGCUGCCACCACCRCCACUACCAGCACCGGUAUCGGUUGUGUCGGUGCACCAGCAAAACGGUUCGCCCGGUUCGCCAGUCGAUGUGCAUCACAGCGAAAGUGCCAAACGUCGGAGAUUUAAUUCUAGUCCAGUGCGGCCCUGGAAGUCGCCAUCACCUCCCAAUGUCUGCCAGACUGUUCCACAACCAGUGCCACCCGGCUCUGUGACCACUAUCGGUACCACAAGUUCAGAGGCCAUCAGUUCGGCUUCGAGUUUGUUGCGUCACAUAAGUGUCAUACGAGAAACGCCACCCAUACUGAAGCCACAGGUGGUGGCGCCCACAUAUCAUCCGCACGCACACCAUUACCAUCCGUUAGUUGAUAGCUAUGCCGCUGCUUAUCAUCUCUACAAGAAUGGCACCGGCGGUGGACCACCGAUGACAGCCCAGCCCACACCUGCUGUUCCCACUGCGGCUUCACAUCAUCAUCACUGGGGGGCAUAUAAUUGACCGACAAUUUUCAUAUGACUGACCCUUUUCUAUGACUCGUUUAAAAAAUUGUUUGUUUUAUACUUUAUUUUGUGAAUUUAUUUUUGCAACAAAAAACAUAUACCAGUGUUACCAAUGAAAACAUUUUGCACCUGUAUUUGGAUGGUCAGUACCGUAAAAGAUAUACUGAACCAUAGUUCAAAUAUAAUUGAAUAUUUGCACACACUUUUUUUACUUUCAUUAAAAAACAAAUUAAUACAUAUGACUUAAUAAUAUCAAU